AUGCAGGUGGAGAAGAAGAGCAUUUUGAAAGGCCAUCAAGCCAGCAUGUCUGAUCGUGACGUCGACUAUCUGAUUACAGCGCUCACUUCCACGAAGAGGAUUCAGUAUGACGAGCGUUUGCUGGACGAAUUCUCGGCUAAUUUGGUGUACUACAUCCCCAGGAUUAAAUCACCCGAUAUUUUGUACCGUUUCGUCCGAGCACUUUUCCAAUCACAUUUCAUUGUUCAGUUACCACCGCUACGUCUACUACACGUCAUCAAGGACAUUUUCCUAUGGAAACUAGAGGUUUCUGAACCCACCCUCCCCAUCGACAGGUUCUACCAAGUUUGGAAUGCUGUCAUGGAACCGCAUCGGGCCGCUUGGAACCUGUCACAGUUGAUGCUACUGGGCGGCAUACUGGUCACGUACCCGAGGUUCAAAUCUUUGAACGAGAGGUACUUCAUCGACGAAUCUCGGAACAAAAUGGCGGUUUACUACAAAAACUGGAAACAGAAUACAUUCUUACCCAUUUGGGCCCAGUUCUGGAAUGAUCCCGCUAUCACUGCCAAGCCCUUGAUUCAGAAAUAUUUGCUCGUUUCAAUGGUUUUGCUGUUCAAUCGCCCGAACACGAAACUUCCUUUGUGCGGAGUCAGAGUAUCAUGGGAUGUAGUCACUGGAAAAUUACUAGACCUCUUGGCGGAGUACACGCAUGCCAUCGAGCAGCCGAUGGAAAAGUUCACCGUCAACUCUGUCCUAUCAACGAACCUCAACCAUUUGGCCAAUUGCUUGAGCACCCUGUUGACGCUGUCAAAUGAACCCGCUAUACUGAGUUCACUGCACAGGCUGGGCAAAAUAUGUCAGUAUUUAUCUGAUGCCCUGAAGUUGUCCAGACAAGAACAACUAGAUCUCAAGUUGCAGGAUUUAUUCAUCUUAGUAAUCCUUACUUUGAAAGAAAUAUCUGCCAUGAACAUGAAAAUCUCAUUUGCUCACAAAGACGAUUUUUAUUCCAUGAUUUGCUUGAGUCUUUUCAAUAUUCACGUUUUGACUGAGAAAAUCGGUACAGCUGGAUUUCCCAGCUAUCACUACGUUUACGACAAUUUGAUAACAUACUUUAUUGUAUUGGACGAUCUACCCAAAAUCACCCCAAUCCUGAAUCGUAUGAGGGGGGAUAACAUCAAAAAUAAUCCGAAUAAACUAAUUUUUUAUAUCAACUUCUUGAACAAGAUUACCAGUUAUUAUUCAUGGCGCGUCCAUUUACCCUUCAUUUUGGAAUUCAUCGAGCCUCUACUACAUUUCAACAGCUUCCUCGAGGGAGGCAUGACUGACCCUUUGGAAAUCGAGAUCAAGGAAUCUAUACACACAUUGGCAAUCACUUCCUUAACUAUAGAUCCCUCCCAUUCUUCACAGAUUGCACAAUGGCAAGUGUCCCGCAUUAUUAACUAUUUGAAAAUGUCCAUGGACCAGUAUAUCGCAGAAAGAUUGUCGGCCCCUCAGAUUCUCAUUAUAUUUAACAGUCUAUCCAUGCAAUUUCCGCUAUUACAUAGCUAUGAUAAGCAUUUACUGAGGGACUCUUUGCACGAAACAUACAUCAGGAUUCUAAAUACAAGGAAACUGGAGAAAAAGAAGGUACUGAUGGAAUGUUUGAUUGUACAAAUACUUUUUGUCAACGAUCCGCAUCAUUUGAUCACUUGGUUAAACAUUUGCUUCCAUCUGAUCAGUACUCAUAAUAAAAAACUACUCCUACAAUUAUGGGAGAUGAUUUCAAGUUCCGAAUCCUCCUUGGCCAUCGACUGGUGGUAUGCAACGGUAAUACCGUCGCAAUCUUCUAAAUUGUAG